CAGGAAGCAGAGUGUCUGUCUUCUAUUGCUGUGGCUGGAACAACCAGACCAAGCUUGGAAGGCUGGCUUUGGGAAUGGCUGGAGAUUACAUGUGGAUUGAAGGGAUUCCUUUCCCCACAACUACCAUUGAAGACCUCAGAUCUUUGCAGGAUGAAUUUGUGGCAAGGGAUGAAGAUAUCAUCACAAUUUCUUACCCAAAGUCAGGAACCAACUGGAUAUUGGAGAUCAUCCAUCUGAUCCACACCAGGGGAGAUCCCAGCUGGGUGCAAUCAGUGGGCAGCUGGAAACGUUCACCAUGGCUAGAAAACGCUUCCGGGCUUGAAGAUAUAAAGCAGCAGCAGGAAGACCCACGUUUCUACACCUCCCACCUCCCCAUUCAAUUCUUCCCCAAGUCAAUCUUCAAGUCCAAGGCCAAGUGUAUCUACAUCAUGAGAAAUCCCAGAGAUAUUCUUAUUUCUGGUUACUAUUUCUGGAAAGCGAUCAAGGUCACCAAAAAUCCAGGCUCACUUGAAGAAUAUUUUGAAUGGUUCCUUCAAGGAAAUGUGCCAUUUGGCUCAUGGUUUGACCAUGUUCGCGGCUGGCUUCAGAUGAGAGGAAGAGAGAACUUCCUAUUGAUAUUAUAUGAGGGGCUGCAUCAGGACAUCAGAGCCAGUGUGGAGAAGGUCAGCCAAUUCUUGGGCACAAAGCUAAGCCCAGAAGAACUGGACUCCAUCCUCAAGAAUGUAACCUUCCAGGCCAUAAAAGACAAUAAAAUGAGCAAUUUCUCUCUACUCCCUGAUGUCCUUAUGGAUCACAGCAAAGCGUGUCUUAUGAGAAAAGGAAUCAUUGGCGACUGGAAAAAUCACUUCACAGUGGCCCAGAGUGAAGCCUUCGAUAAAGUCUACCAGGAGCAGAUGGCCGGGCUCCCCCCAGGCCUCUUCCCGUGGGAAUAAGGGCCUCACGUGUCUGAAUCGGGGUGCAAAGGCUGACUUUCCUGAGAUUCUUGUGUACCCAACAAAGCAAACUCUACAUGAUGAAUGAUAUUUAGGAAAUAGGUGGGUCCAGGUAGAACCCCAAGAGAUGUGAUUUCUAGAACCCAAUUAUUGACCCGGUCCUCACCUUAACCCAACAAGGCCUACAGUCCAUUCCACACUUAAUUGACACUAACCAUGUUCCUUUUCUGCUGCCAUGCCAGCUUCCCAAAGUGAAUCUUUCGUCAUAUUUCAAAUAUACAGAAGAACAAACAGUAUUUUUUUAAAAAACAAAUGGCAAUUCUAUCCACAUUAAAAAAUAAAAUUUAAAGCACACCCUCCUCCCAUGAUCAAAUGCCCAGACUGCUCCUGCCCUGCCCCCCCCGCCCCCCCCUUCAACACCUGUCACUUUCCAGCCACCAAGAUCUUGGAAGCUAAGCAAAGAAGGGAAUCCACUGAGAAGAGUCUGUAAAGUUACAGCUUAAAGAGAAUUCCGUUCAAGAUGGCUGAGUAGGUGAAAGCUGUGCUCACCUCCUCCAAUGACCACAUCAAAAUUACCUCAACCUAUGAACCAGGAGGUCACGGUUCCAUUCCCGGUCAGGACACAUGCCCGGGUUGCGUGCUCAAUCCCUGGUGUGGGGUGUACAGGAGGCAGCCAAUCAAUGAUUCUCUCUCAUCAUUGAGGUUUCUAUGCCUUUCCCUCUCCCUUCCUCUCUUAGCUCAAUAAAAAUACAUUUUUUAAAAAGUUACAGCUUAAAGAGAUCCUUGGAGAGUCCCAUUCAAGAUGGCGGAGUAGGUGAACACUGCGAUCACCUCCUCCAAUGACCACAUCAAAAUUACAAGUCAGCUCAGCUGGUGUUGCUCAGUGGUCGAGCAUUGACCUAUGAAGCAGGAGAUCACUGUUCAAUUCCAGUCAGGGCACAUGCCCAGGUUGCAGGCUCAAUCCCCAGUAGAGGGCAUGCAGGAGGCAGCCGAUCCAUGAUGUUUCUUGCGCAUUGAUGUUGCUAUCUCUCUAUCCCUUCCUCUCUUUCCAAACAGCAAUAAAAACUUAUCAUUUGGAAAUAGUGAUGUUGGGUGUAGAUAAUAUUAACAUUUCAUAAUAAGUUACCCAACUCCCAGACAAUUUGUUGGCUAGGAUGUGAUUUGAAUAAAACAAUUACAGCAUGAAGCAUAACAUAUGGUAUCUUAUUU